GGGAGGACAGCCAAGAAAGGAUUCACCUUCAUCUUAGCGAAAAGUUGAGCAAGACACGACCCCCCUCCUGUGAUCUCCGGAAUUCCUGCGCUCAAGCAGCUCACAUCACCCCUUAAAAACACGACAGCAACUUUUUUUUCUUAUUUUAUUUUUGCAACGGCGGCCAUGAGCAGAAAGAAAUCGAGGGCGCGGGCGCGAGGAGCGCAAGCGAGGCCGCGCUGCCGCGCCGCGCGCGGACGCGAAAGACCGAAAGACCAAUUUUACCGCUGCGCGCGGUAAGACGGCGAGAGAGGAUAUAGUCCCUCUAAACGCUGACGUAUUCGCCGAUAAAUUACCGUUGAAGUCCUUUAUCUCCUGGCGCUGCAUGUUUCAGAAGAAUACGUCUUGAUAAAAGGGAACUCAACUGCAUGACAUCACCUCGUCGACAGAGUUAAAACAACACCCAUUGCUGGGCCCCUCACUGACGCUGUGACGCCGCGGCGGAGGAAGAACGCUCGUUUUGCCAUUUUAGUUGGGGAUUCGCUUUGGUCGGCCGCAGGUCUGCGUAGUUGUGCUGUUUCGUUCCUCCCAAGUUGGAUUUUUGUCCCACAAAGACACAGCCAUGGUGCAAGGAUGCGGAAUGUCGUGUAUCAAGAACCUACUUUUCAUAUUUAACUUUUUCUUUGCCAUCUCGGGCAUCAUCAUCAUCGUCUGCGGUGGUUACAGUCUUCACCUGUUCAAGAAGACCGGGCCUGUGAUAGGGGACAACUAUGUGUCGGCUCCUGUGAUCCUGAUUGUCGUUGGCUCUAUCGUGUUCUUGGUGGCUUUCCUGGGAUGUUGUGGAGCCAUGCAGGAGAGCUACUGCAUGCUCAUUCUGUUUUCUGUCUUCUUGUUCCUGAUACUUGUGGCUGAAAUUGCUGCUGGAUCAUUGGGAUUUGUCUACAAGGGCAAGGUGGAGCACUUGGCCAAGGACAGGUUUGAGCAGAGCUUGCGUGACUAUGAUCGGGAGGGACCUGGCGUUGUGACCCCCGUGAAAGAGGCUUGGGACUUCAUUCAGAGCCAGCUGCAAUGCUGUGGUGUGGACAACUACAGCGACUGGACAAAAGCUGGGAAAGCAGUACCAUCAAGCUGCUGCAAGAACCAGGAUUCCUGCUCCUCCAGUGAUUAUUUCUCGGUGGGCUGCUACGAAAAGGUGAAGACUGACGUCAAAACAUAUGCUGUGUAUGUCGGUAUUGCUGGCAUUGGUAUCGGUCUGAUCGAGAUCAUCGGCAUUAUCUUCUCCUGCUGUCUCGCCAACCAAGUUAAAUAAUCUACCGGUGACAACGAGACCUUUCUCUGGCUGCAGCAAGACCUCGAUAGCAUUGUCAGCAGUUUGUUCAUGCUAUUUAUGGCUCCUAAGUGCAUUUCUAAUUUGCAAUCAGCAGCUGUGGGUUAAACCUGUAACAUGUUUGGUGUUGGUCAUCUGCCUGAUGAUUGUUGUGCUGUUGACUCAAGAAACUCGCAACCAAAGCUCAUUCACACCCCCUUUCCUAUUCGUGCCUUAUAGUUCUAAACAAUAGAGAUAGCUUGGAUUUCACCAGUAAUAAGUAUUUACUCACAUUAUUCAUUGCCUACUUGUCAUGGUAAAACAUCCUGUUCUCUGUUUGCGGAGCAACAAAUGCACAAGACUGCCUGUCGCACAAACGGGUUCUAGGUUGUAACAUUUUUCAUAUGGAUGGGGCCAUGAUAGUACACAUGUGCAUAUGAACAAGUUUUACUGAGAUUGGGUAAUAUUUUAUAUUUACAUUUCUGAAAAAGAAAGGGCUGGAGAGAAACCAGGUAGAAUUGUAAGUUACAAAACUUUUUUUUAAUGACCCCAAUUAUAAGAAAUAUUUCAGCACCUCUGUUCCCUCCUCUGAAUGUGUUUCACACUUUCAGAUUGUUGAAAAUCUGAUAGCUUGUUGAUACCUGAUGUUGAUAUAAAUUCAAGAGGGCGAACUGCAUUCUGUAUAUAGUUGUAAUUGUAUGCUGUUGCUGUGGUUGAAGGCAACAUACUUUCGAAUUCUUGUUGCAGCUCUUGUGCAGCUCUGAGGAAUCUUUCUGGAUAGAAGCUUUAAGCUUCAGUUGUGAUUAUAAUGGUCUUUUGAUGAUGAAGCUAUAAUAAUCUAAACAAAGGUCCUGUUGUUUGGCUACAGGAAAAGUUUGGCCUGUGUCCAGUGUUGGUGUUUUAUAAACAGUAUUUACAUAUGCACAUACACUGUAAGCCAUUUGUGAAUGUGGAUGUACAAUAAAACCAACAUUCAUAUCUA